CUUUUUGAGCUUUAUAGAACUUUUCUUUUCGUAUAAUUAGCCUCAAAGACAUGUCAUUCUUGUAAAGAUUAAUUGUCAUUGAUAAGAGCUUCAAAGUAUAUAAUACCCUGAAUGAUUUCUUAUAGUUUGUAUGUUGCAUGAAAAGAAUUGUGUGUGUGUGUGGGGGUGGGGUUAUGACUUGACACGAGUGACAAUAGUUAUGAUUCAGUGUCCAGGUUUGACCAAUGGGAGGCAUCUAUCUAUUGUUGCAGCAAAAGUACAUAACUGUUACUUUAAAAUUGUAAUAUUCAUUUCGGUGUUGAACUGUGAGUUCGCUCGUAAUAGUUACAUUAGUAGAAAAGUAUAGUUACUUCGUUACAGUCUUGAAGCUUGGUGUAGUGAAUUUUCUGUCAAGAUUUUGUGGAAAAGUCUUAGCAUCAUUAACGAUGUCUCUGCUCAAGGAUAUUAAAAUCUCAGCACCUGUUAGACCCGUGCAGCAGACAAAGAGAAAGGCAGUUGAAGAUAUUGCUACUAAAAACAGCAAGAGUAUGAAAGGUAAUCCUGAAAAAGAGAAAAUUCAGCAAACUCCCAAGUGCCGAUUUUUUCCGAAGUGCCGCAUGGGUCAAAAGUGCCACUUCCAGCAUCCAACCUGUAAGUAUAAUGCCGCAUGCAGAAAUCCGAAGUGCAUCUACCGACACAUUGGUCCAAGGAAACUGGAGCUCUUCGAGAACAAGGAAAACGAGCAACCCAACAAUUUCCGAUUGCUGCUCGAGAAAUUAGAAAAACAAAAACCUAAUCCAUACAAAUGGGUAAAACCUAAAGAUGUUGGUGCAAAAAAAGAUGUAUCAUAGACGCAGAAAAUUGAGGGGUAAAAUAGGUAUUUUAACGAACGCGAUUUUAAUUCACCAUUCAAAUCCCGUAUCCAUCUUUGCACACGAUGGAAGCAAGAGUUCGCGGUUUCUGCAAUGAAUGAGGGAAAUGUUAUUUGAGUAAUGUUGUAUGAAUUAGGUUGAAGAAUAUAUAAAAGCAGAUUUGUAUAGUACGUUAUGUUUCUUUUCAAAAU